AUGCGCACCGAUUCAAAUGCUUCCUCCAUAACUGGAAUAUGGAACAACGGCUCGACUACUUCGCCACGCGGCGUGCUGUAUAACGGCUCUGAACCUCUGGCAUGGGCCUUGUCUUCCGUUGAGAGAAACCAACCCCAGUUAUCAAAUCGCACCCACCUGGACACACGUGUUGUGCCCGACAGCCCGCUGUGGCCGAACGCGACGUCGCGGUACCAGACGUACGAACCCCCGCAGAUCAAGGUCGUCGUGCAAGUAGGAUGCGAGGAAGAUGUUGCCACUGUCCUUGCCUUUCUACAGGGUCAACCGAGGCCACGGCAUGACAAGUACUCAGGGCUAGUUUCACGGACUGAAAUUGACAUGCAACUCCUGACUGGAAUCGAAAUCAAUGCAAAUGGGGACUCGGCUCGCUUCCAAGGCGGCACGUUCACCCAGGAGGUGAUGGGCGUGCUGUGGAAACAGGGCUAUGUAGCAACCACUGAAAGCUGCGGCUGCGUCGGAAUGGUCGGACUCGGUCUUGGCGGAGGCCACGGCCGUCUGCAGGGACGCUACAGGCUGGUCAGUGACAAGUACCUCGGCCUGAACGUGGUCCUGGCGAACGGGACAGUGAUCACCGUGUCAGAAACCUCGCAUCCCAAUUUCUUCUUGGGGAUGAAGAGGGCCGGGCACAAUUUCAGCGUGGUCACCAGCUUCGAGCUGCGCAUCUUCCCCCGUCAGGAGGAGACCUGGUACUAA